AUGAGUAGUUCACAGAUUUCAUCGGGUGACCUCCGUCGCCCAGAUGAAAAAUCGCCCGACGAAUGCGAGCGAACAGGAGGCCGACACGUGGCAGUAACGGCCUCCUGUCCUCGCCUUCUCUCUCCGCCGGUUGAUGUAACCGAGGAGACGGCCGUAACCGAGGAGCUGAACGGUCGAACCACGGACGUCCGUGAUUCGCCAUCAGCUGGCGUCUUCCCGAGACCCGAAUCGGAGGGGACAGCAGUUGACGCCGUCCACUCUCCUUCCGGGAACGAGGCGACGGCAGCCGAAGAGGCCCCCUCUGAUCCAACCAUUGAUCGUAUGAUCAAUGGUCAGAAUCAGCCGGCUAUAAAGGCGUCAACAGCCGUUACCGAGGCACCGCCCUCGGACGGCCACGGCCAUAACGCCGAACCAGAUCCAACCGUUGAUCUUGAGAUCAACGGAGGGGAUCACGUGGCCAUAAAGGCGCCGCAACUUUUUGCGAUCGCCGAUGCCUCGGCUGGGACGCUGGUGACGUCAUCAACGUCAGACACCGUGGACGUAGCGCCACCUGAGGUCGCUUUAGCCCAGGUCAUGCCGGCCCAGCCCAGCGAGGCUGCGCUGGCUCAGGACGUACAGGCACAGGCCCAGGUGACCCAGGCCAAGCCUGAACAGCCGGCUCAGGCUGCACCGGUCCACUCUCUCUUGCCCAGGCAAGGGGCAAGAGCCUGCGGCCCAAAAAGAAGAUAG